AUAUUUUUUAUUACACUUGGAAACGUGCUAUAUUGUUGUCAGGCAUGCUAGAAUAGUACAAGAAAUCUUAUUGUAAGAAAACCGUUUGUCCUUUAAACUUUAAUUAAUUAAUUAAUUUUUCGAGAUCAAGCCCUAGGCUUAUAGGCAGGCCAGUAUGCAGUUUUGACCAUAAAAACAUGUUAGCAAUCAUAAUAAAUGAGUUGGAAUGCCUGCCAUUUACCAGAAGUUUUAAGAUAUGCAAUGGGAGGUAGUGGACAAUCCCUGGCACAUGUCUUGAUGGUCUGUACCUGUCCUAUCUUCCCAGCCUUCACUUCUCUGUAGAUAGACUGCAGCGCUGGGUCGUAACGUCUGAAAGAACAUAUUAGAUACCAAUAUAGUAAACUAUAGUAACAUGUACUACAUACUACCACACAGUACAUAUUUUAUGCACUAUAUAUGCUGAAUUCUAUAAAAUUAUGAUUUUACUUGCAGUUGAUGGGCUGAGGGACAAAGAUCUGUGAAAUAAUACCCAAGUUGAUGAUUCACACCAGGAAUUGAUGUGAAUAUGAAAAUGCUGAAUCAGCAAGAAGAUGAAAAGAUUCCAUUAGGAAUCAAACCUCAUCCCAUUGCUUCUGAGAGUAAGGAAACCACCAAUGAUGACACAGAAGAUGAGGACGUUGAUGAUUCAUCAAUUUUCUUCGAUCCAGAAAUCUUCAUUGAUACAAGUUACACCAGCUCAAAGCUUGAGAUAAAUAACACAUCUCUGGAGAUAUGGGCCUUGCAUAGCGCUUCAUCAACUGACUUUGAUCUGACGGGGCAAAUUGUGUGGCCAGCUUGUAGGGUGCUAGCCCUGUAUCUAUCCCACCACCCAGGCCUAAUAGGGGAUAGAAAGACUCUGGAAUUAGGGGCAGGUGUAGGGGUGGCAGGGCUUAUGGCAGCCAAGUUUUCCACCAAUCCCAAUAAUGUUAUAUUGACUGACCAUAAUGAAAAAGUAUUGGAUGUUCUACAGAAAAAUAUUGAUGUAAAUUUUGAUUCUGCUCAAGAGAAAGCUCCACUAUGUGCUAUGCUAGAAUGGGGCAGCGAUGCGGAUAUAUUCAAAAAUAAAUAUGGGACAUUUGAAGUCAUACUUGGUGCUGAUGUUAUCUUCUGGCCUGAUGCAAUUCCUCUGCUCUUUCAGACAGUUGGAAAGCUCUUAAAGAAAAAGGGUGGUGUCUUCCUCUUAAGUUACAUCAACCGGAACAAUAUCUACAGCCAGUUACUCAAAACUGAAGCUAGAUCAAGUGGACUAGAUUAUUUAGAAAUAGAUCUCAAUGAAUCUGAACAUUUCAAAGAUAUUAUCUCACAAGAAAAAGAUGCUGGAAGGACAGUACAUUUAUUCAAGUUUUUCUUUCCAGAAUGACGAAUGUUGACACACUGUUUUUUUUUUCAUUUUACAAAAUUUUAAAUGUAAUAAUUAAAUGUUAAACUGGGUUUAAGAUUGUAUUGUAUUUUAGAUAAACUAAAU